CACGCUGCUGAUGACAGACAGUGCGUCGUCCUCACCGGGUCGCUGGUGCAGCCUUUCAAUUUCCCCAUGCAUGCUUCAGACAGCCUCACAGAAACCACCAGCAACACCUACGUGGAAGGACUUAAUGUUACUUUCGAAUUGGAAUAACUUUCCUGCCCUUUUUUGCGCCCUUUGGGUCGACUUCGCCUCGUCUUUUUCCGCCGAGAGUUUACUAUCUAAAAGCUUCACGAUAAGGAAAAAGACAACACAUUCAAAAUGCCGCUGAAUUCAAGUUUGGCGAGUAAAAACUAUGACUACGACUACGACUCUCUUCAACCGUAUUUCUACUAUGACAACGAGGAGGAGGAUUUCUACCCUCAGCAGCUCCAGCCUCCGGCACCGAGCGAGGACAUCUGGAAGAAAUUUGAACUGCUGCCGACCCCUCCCCUCUCCCCGAGCCGCCGGCCGUCCCUAUCAAGCCUCUUCCCCUCCACGGCGGAUCAGCUGGAAAUGGUGACCGAGUUUCUGGGCGACGACGUGGUCAACCAGAGCAUCAUCUGCGACGCGGACUACUCCCAGACCUUCCUUAAAUCUAUCAUCAUCCAGGACUGCAUGUGGAGCGGCUUCUCCGCCGCAGCCAAGCUGGAGAAGGUGGUCUCCGAGCGGCUAGCCUCCCUGCACGCCGCACGGAAGGAGUCCGUGUCCGGGGACUGCCCGGAGCCCACCGGAGCAUGGAGGCUAAACAGCAGCUACCUGCAAGACCUCAACACAGCCGCGUCAGAGUGCAUUGAUCCGUCUGUGGUGUUCCCGUACCCGAUAGCAGAGACGCCGAAGCAGAGUGCAGGGACGCUCCCUAGUAAGGAUCUGGGACUGGACACCCCGCCUAACAGUGGCAGCAGCAGCAGCAGCAGUUGUAGUGACUCAGAAGAUGAUGAUGAUGAUGGAGAUGAUGAUGAAGACGAUGAUGAGGAGGAGGAAGAAGAAGAAGAAGAAGAGGAGGAGGACCAGGAGGAAGAGGAGGAGAUCGAUGUGGUGACAGUGGAGAAGAGGCACGCGGUGAAGCGGUGCGACCCCAGCCCCACAGAGUCCAGGCAUCCCAGUCCGCUCGUGCUGAAGAGGUGCCACGUCUCCACCCACCAGCAUAAUUACGCCGCCCAUCCAUCCAUGAGGCACGAGCAGCCGGCUGUCAAGAGGCUGAAGCUGGAGAGCAGCAGCAGUAACAACGGUGGAGGUGGGGGGGUUGGCCACAGCAGGGUCCUCAAACAGAUCAGCAGCAACCGCAAGUGUUCAAGCCCACGGACGUCUGACACGGAGGACUAUGACAAGAGAAGGACUCAUAAUGUUUUGGAGCGUCAGAGGAGGAACGAGCUCAAGUUGAGCUUCUUUGCCCUGAGGGACGAGAUCCCCGAGGUAGCGAACAACGAAAAGGCUGCCAAAGUGGUGAUCCUGAAGAAAGCUACAGAGUGCAUCUACAGCAUGCAAUCAGACGAACAGAGACUCCUCUCAGUAAAAGAACAGCUGAGGAGGAAAAGUGAACUUCUAAAGCAGAGACUCUCACAGCUGCAGAGCUCUCGCACUUAAAGUUGAAAUCAUCAUAGACUUGUUGGCCUUUUUUUUGUUUUUUAUGCAAGUUCAAGACUUAGGGUGUACAGUUGUUGUUGUUGUUGUUGUUGCAUGCAAAUGCAAAGCGGAUUAAAUUGUUUUGAAAUCUUGUUUGAUUUCAAUAUUCAAACUGCCUCAAUUGAAGUUAUGGGUGGAAUACAUAUUUAAAAGUUUAUUUUUAUUAAUAAAAUAUAAAAAAAAUCGAGCUUCUCUGUUGAGAGCCCAAACUAAAAUAUGCAUUUUUAUGUUUUGUAUAUAAUUAAUAUUUCCUAAGAAAAUGUAUUUUUGGAUCUCAAUUGUCUGGAUGUUCAGACCCAGUGUUUGGUUUUUCAUUAUGUUCUUAGAUUCUUUUUGAAAUAUAAAAAGAUGUUUCUUCUUGAA